ACAACAUCCACAUGGAUUACAUGGGCAACUCCUUAAACGCACAACUCCAACAGAGUUCCAACGAAAUCAACAAUGGAGCUGCGUUGCUUGCAGACACUCAAUAUCCCUGCAACUGCUUUAGCAGAGAAGCCAUUUUUGUGUGGACAACCAAUUACAUUGAUUCAAACUAGCACUAAAAGGGGCCCAAAUUCCAACAACCUUAACCCCCUUCGUUUCAGAACUCAAAUUUCAGCAAAAAUUAGCUCAUUGGAACCUCAAGGAACUGCAAAAGAUGUCAAAUCAAAAGAUGCAAAUCUUGUUUUUGUUGCUGGUGCAACCGGUAGGGUUGGUUCUCGGACUGUAAGGGAGCUUCUGAAAUCAGGCUUUAAAGUUCGAGCUGGAGUUCGAAGUGCUCAAAGAGCUCAACCUCUUGUUAAAAGUGUUGAGCAAAUAAAACUUGAGAAUGCUACGGAUGGAGGAGCAAAAGCUAUAGAGAAGCUUGAAAUUGUGGAAUGCGAUUUGGAGAAAAGUUAUCAGAUUAGGCCUGCACUGGGCGAUGCAUCAAUUGUUAUAUGUUGCAUUGGUGCCAGUGAAAAGGAGAUCUUUGAUGUUACUGGACCAUAUCGAAUUGAUUACCUGGCUACUAAGAACCUUAUUGAUGCAGCAACCGUCGCAAAAGUUGACCACUUUAUCUUGCUCACAUCUUUGGGAACAAACAAGGUCGGUUUUCCUGCAGCAAUUCUCAAUUUGUUUUGGGGAGUCCUCCUUUGGAAAAGGAAAGCAGAAGAGGCACUGCUUGCCAGUGGGCUUCCUUAUACUAUUGUGAGACCUGGAGGAAUGGAACGUCCCACUGAUUCUUUUAAAGAAACUCACAAUAUUACUCUUUCGGAGGAAGAUACUUUAUUUGGUGGUCUCGUGUCAAACCUUCAGGUGGCAGAACUAAUGGCGGUUAUGGCCAAAAACCGGAGCCUUUCAUACUGUAAAGUGGUUGAAGUAGUUGCAGAAACAACAGCACCGUUGAUCCCCAUGGAGGACCUUCUUGCAAAAAUUCCCCCCCAACGUGUUGAGGUUUCCCCACCCAAGGAAACUGGUGAUUUACAGAAAUCUGCAACUCCAACCAGUAUUACGUCUGAGAUCCCUGAUGCCUCGCUCGAGAAAAAACCUUCUGAAACAAAGUUGAAAGCAGCAGCACCUCUCUCUCCAUAUACUGCUUAUGCAGAGCUUAAACCGCCUACAUCUCCUAGUCCGAUUCCUCCUGGUGGUCAUCAAGCAGGUGCAAGUGGAGCAGAAGAUAGCAAACCCACUAAAGAAGCCUCUUCUGUUGUUGAUUAUGCUUUUGACAAAGCAGAAUUGCUGACUACAAGACCUUCGUCUCCAUAUGCUGCUUAUGAAGAUUUAAAGCCACCUACAUCUCCUAGUCCAAAUCCUCCCGGAGGUCGUCAAGAAGGUUCAAGUGGAGCAGAAGAUAGUGAACCCACUAAAGCAGUCUCUUCUGUUGUUGAUUCUACUUUUGACAAAGCAGAAUUGCUGACUACAAGGCCUUUGUCUCCAUACACUGCUUAUGAAGAUUUAAAGCCACCUACAUCUCCUAUUCCAAUUCCUCCUGGUGGUCGUCAAGAAGGUGCAAGUGGAGCAGAAGACAGCGAACCCACUAAGGCAGCCUCUUCUGUUGUUGAUUCUACUUUUGACAAAGCAGAAUUGCUGACUACAAGGCCUUUGUCUCCAUACACUGCUUAUGAAGAUUUAAAGCCACCUACAUCUCCUAUUCCAAUUCCUCCCGGUGGUCGUCAAGAAGGUGCAAGUGGAGCAGAAGAUAGCGAACACACUAAGGCAGCCUCUUCUGUUGUUGAUUCUACUUUUGACAAAGCAGAAUUGCUGACUACAAGUUAUGAAGAUCUAAAACCACCUACAUCCCCUAGUACAAAUCCUCCCGGAGGUCGUCAAGAAGGUGCAAGUGGAGCAGAGAAUAGCAAACCCACUAAGGAAGCCUCUUCUGUUUAUUUAUUUACUUUUGACAAAGCAGAGUUGCUGACUACAAGGCCUUUGUCUCCAUACACUGCUUAUGAAGAUUUAAAGCCACCUACAUCUCCAAGUCCAAGACCGAGUGGUUUGAAAUCCUCAGCAACUGUGGAAGUAACAUCAGCAGUUACUGGAGGCAACGAUGUGGCAAUCGAUAGUGCUAACAAUUUCUCCAAGGAGGAUUCAUCAAAAAGUUCAGCUUUCUGUCAUUCUCCCUACCCUGCGUAUGAGGACUUCAAGCCUCCAAGCUCUCCAACGCCAUCUUUCAAUAAAAUGUGAAGGGCUGGAAUCUAGUUCUGUUUUGCUUCACUAGUUGUAUCUCGGCAAGCCUAUCGCGUAAUGCAUCAACUCAAGCAUUACAGUUGGAGCAAUUUUUUCAUUAUGUCUUUAUUUUUAUUUUUUCACUUGUAUUUGACUUGUUGAUGCCAACUCACACACUGUCAAGUGUCAACUGUUAACUCUAUUAGCAUUCACAUGUUAUUGUAUGAAAUGAGACCACAUUUUCCUUGUUCA